GGGAGUGCAUGGAAGAGGUGCCAUUCAACAUGACAUCACCUUGGGAGCCUUAACAUACACGUACAGAGAUCAUAGACAUUGUGUUGUUCGCUGCCGCUUGUUUUACAACUUGCCAGACACAUGUAGAUUCAAUCCAUCUCCUUUACGGUAUCUCCACUUGCAGCCCAUUCUAAAAUCAUUAUACUUGCUGUUCGCAAUACUACAACUACCAAUGGCAGAGCUUGAAUGUAUCGAGCCGAGCGAAAGAUUCGGCAGAGUCCAUUCAAGAGUAGUUGAGGUUAGAACGGCUCCUGCGAGUAGACAUCUUUAUCAUGAUGAAGCUGUGUCCGAGGAUGAAUAUACUUCUGAGUGGAGGCUGCACCUAAUCACUUUAGCCUUGAGUAUGGACAUUUUUUUGGUUCAGGAGUCAUCGAUCGUCAGUACUCCUAUCGUCUCCACCACCAAUGAAUUGAUAGGAUUUGAUGAGGCCUCAUGGGGUAGCGCCGCGCCCUUUUGAUUCUCUAUUUUUUUUUAUCAAUCUCGGGACCGAGGAAGGCUCUUAGAGCAUUGCAAGGUAGUAAGCAUGUUGGAAAGAUGGCGGUUGAGUUUGAAAGGAAAGCGAAAGUUCUGACGUCGCUUGUAUACCUACCAAGACACCUUCGCACAAUUCCGUGUAUCCAAUGGUGAGAAAGCAGCCGCUGUUGACCUGGGCGUUGUUCUGGGUGCAGGUUUUGUAGCCGAAACGCCUGGCGUAAAUGGAACACUCCAACAAAUUGGGUUAAUUCUACCACUCGAUCUAGAAAGCUUUUCGCACUCUUCAGUCUCUGCUGUAACCUGAAAAUGCAAACUCAAUCGUUAACACACAGCCAGGUCAUCACUAGCCUAGAAACUCCUUCACAAAUUAUUGCA